UGAAAAACAGAUAACACCGAAGCGUACCACACCACGGUUUCUUUAACGAGACCACAUCCAUCAUGAUAUGUCGUACAGAUACUCAUACAAUGCUUUUACAAAUGACAGAAUAGUGAGCAGUGGUUGUGCACAAGCAAGCAAAUGGUAAAAGGUUGCAUGCACGUGUAGAGAUGUUGCUCUACAUUAAUCUGUGAUCUCAAAUUUACAGUUGAGACAGCAGGGCUUCAAACAGGAAGUCGACUUUGAACAAAUAGCAGGUCACAUUUUCUUUUUCCUUUCAUAAGCCAGAUCGUCCACAGAGGAAAAGGUUUAUGCCAACUUCUCUUCAGAAGACAAAAUGAAUAUAACUUCUUGUGUCAGUUUCAGCUUUGAACAUAAGUUCCUGCCUCCUGUUUACAUCUUAGUAUUCAUCAUUGGCCUGGUAGCGAAUGGAUGGGGAUUUAAGUCUUUACUCCACAACUGGAAGAAACUGGGUAACGUCAAUGUUUUUGUUCUCAACCUCGGACUUGCAGAUAUUUUGUAUCUGCUCACACUCCCUUUUCUGAUGGUGUACUACUUUAAGAAGAGUAAAUGGAUCUUUGGAGAUACAUUCUGCAAGAUAACAAGAUUCUGCUUCAACCUGAAUUUAUAUGGCAGCAUCGGGUUCCUCACCUGUAUAAGUGUGUACAGGUACCUGGCCAUUGCCCAUCCAAUGAGAGUGAUGGGAAGAAUAACUGUCACUCAUUCUGUGGCUGUCUCUGUCAUGGUUUGGUGCUUAGUGAGCGUUCAAAGUCUUCCAGGGAUUUUCUACCCAAAAACAUUUGGAAACACCACUGGGAAAUGUUAUGAUACCACAAAUAAGAGCCGUGUUGAGGAUUACCUGAAAUACAGCUUUGGACGGACACUCACUGGGUUUUGUGUCCCAUUCCUCAUCACACUGGGCUGCUAUGGACAUGUGAUUGUCAUUCUUUGCCGCACAAAUUCCACUGACAAGGUACUGAAACAGAGCUGCCUGAAAUUGUUAUUCAUCUUGAUUCUUCUCUUCUCUGUUUGUUACGUUCCCUAUCAUGUAUUCCAGAACCUGAACCUCUUAGUAAGAGUUCUGUCCAAAAAGGGAAUAUGCUAUGAAUGGUUUAAUGGAGUCUACAUUGCUCAUCAGAUAAGUCGUGGACUUGUGUGUCUGAACAGUGCUCUCAACCCUCUGGUUUACCUCCAUGGAAAUGAAGAUAUUUCUGCUCAGCUCAGACGUCUACACCAGCAAGCUCGUCAGACGUUCAGUAAUGUGUUUUUUUCUAUCUCCGGCCAUGUGCCUGUGGUACAAACUGCAGAUGAAGAUUAACAAGAGUUGAAAGUUUAAAAUUAACUGUUUGUAUACCAACAGCUCAAACUAAAGUUCUUGCUGUACAUAAUUUUUUUUCUUUGCGUUAGCCACAGGUUGACCAAUAAACAGGAAAUUCAACAAAACCACAGCCUGCUGUGUUGUUCUGUUGUUCUGCAAUUUUCUUUUAAUACAACUUUGUGGGGUGAUAAUGAUACCAUUUAUAAAUUACAGCAGCCUGUCCCUGCCCACCUUUUUGAGUAAAAGCAGCCUCUUUAAUUUGACUGGAUCUUCUGAUAUUUGUCACUUUUUCUGAUUUGCUGUUUUGGUAGUCUGUCCAAUGUGACUUUACUAAAAAACAAAUUACAUCACUGACAGACUGUUAAACCAAUCUCCAUUCUAAAAGCAGGUGUUUUAUGGUAGGGCCAUGUUUUUUCACAGUAGAAACUAGAGAUGCUUGUAAUUAUUCCGAUUUUUAAAAAGUCUGUGGUGAUUCCGAUUUUGGCUGAUUAAGAUUUUCUUUCUUUCAAAGAUCUAUAAUUGAGAGCAUACACAUAGACUUUUUUGAUGUUUCUUUAAUAGAAAAUCUUUAUUAGGAUGCUCAUUAGCACGAACGUAAUAUGUAAUGUCUUUCUGUUUUUCUGAUAAUGUCUACUUGAUAAAGUGCUAAAAUUGGUUAAUUUGGUGGUCUCCCAAGUAAAGUCUAAAUGUAAGGAAACACAGCUUAUUUUGGACUUACAGGUAUUUUAAAUUGAGAGCUUUGUGUCUUCUUCACCUCCACGCAGACAACAUGUUUUAGUAUGUGUAUAUGUGUGUGAAUGUUUGUGUGGCUGUAACAGUAGUCAGUUACUGUCUGUGCCGCUGUGUGCAUGGCGUUAACUGCUGUGUAGCAGCAGCAUUCACUUUGACACAGAAGUUCACAACUGGCUUGGCCCCACAGUUUACCAUUUUCAUUCUCUCUGAUGAUGGCCUGAAGCCACAGAUCUCUUUUUUUUACUUCCCUUCGCUCUUUGGGGAAGUAAAGAAAAAGUUGAGGGUUUUUUGUUUGUUUUUAUUGUUCGAUGUGCAAAAUGUGACACAGCACCUUUUCAGCAUGGUGGCACUAGUUUUUUCAAUUUGGCACUUUUACAGGGCUUGUUUUCACACAUGCUCUCAACUAUGCGGUUGGGGUGGGUAAACCUAGGCCCAUGUAUGCCAUGUCUCAAAACUGGCUAAACUGUUGGCUUUUUACAACAUGUCUGAUCACCCCUAUGCUUGUGGUUCAUGCCCUGACGGACUUUUUCAAGGCAAUGUCACAGAGUUCCCAUAUAUUAGCAACUAUGUUGAACUGGAAUUAUCCUUUAAUGUAGCCUACCUUGACAUGAUUAUCUCUGUCUAGGUCUGGGAGAACUUCUGCACUCUCUUUGCUUAUACUGUACUGUAAUUAUAGGAUGAAUAUCAUGCCAUAUCUUGAAACUGGAAAAAGAGCUUUAAAAUGUUGUGACUAGCUCGAAAUCUAAUAAAAAAAAUAUGUCUAUAAUUUUGUGGUAGGCUGAAAAAAAUUUAAUUAAAAUCUCUACUAUUUUGUAUUUGAGUUUUCCUUCUUCACAUCUGCAGUACUGUUUUAACAGUGUUUCUCCAACACAUUUACAACCUUGUAAAGCGGGAAACUGGUGCGCAACUUGAGAA